AUCAGCUGUUAUUGCGUUCGUUGUUUUUUGCAGAAUCAACAUAAAAAACAUUGGAAUUUGCAAUAUUCGCAUUUGAAAUGUAACCACCACAUUCAUCGAUUCUUCCAAAAGCAAAGUGCGUUUGAAUAGAUUUUUUGUCUACUUCGAACGUAGUCAAAAAAUUACAGAAUUAAUUUAAUUUAAGCUUUAAAUUAAAGCUCGUUUGCAAUGCAAACUUCAAUACUGCGAACCAAGCCGCGUACAACUGUAUUUUUAAUUAGUCAGUUCAGGUGUUUGCCAAGUCCAACGACAGAUAAUGCCUGUAGUUUUUAUACGCAAACACAACAACACCAACAGCAAAUUAACAAAACAACAUCACAGCAAUUGAACGUCGUCGGCAUGGAAAUACCAAUUCAAACACAAAAAUUACUCAAGCUUUCAAGGACAGUAGUGCCUCGAUUAACCGAUAGCAAGCAUAAGGGGCAAUACGGCAGGAUUGGUGUGGUGGGAGGUUCACUUGAAUAUACGGGAGCUCCAUAUUUUGCAGCAAUUUCAUCGCUGAAGGUAGGUGCUGAUUUGGCUCAUGUCUUUUGUCGCAAGGAGGCUGCCGUUGUCAUUAAGUCAUACAGUCCCGAGUUGAUAGUACAUCCGAAUUUAGACGAUGAAAAUGCCAUCGAAAUAAUAGCACCAUGGUUGGAAAGGUUACAUGUAAUUAUAAUUGGACCCGGUUUGGGUCGGGAUCCAGAAAUACAAAAGACUGUCAUCGAACUUAUCAAAGUUUGUUUACAAAUUGAAAAGCCUAUGGUCAUUGAUGCCGAUGGUCUGGCCAUACUCAACGAUCAUUUGGAUUUAAUCGAGGGACAACGCAAUAUAAUUCUAACACCAAAUGCCAUUGAAUUUCGUCGCUUAUUUGGUUCAGUUGCCUCCCCGGCCAGUGAAAGUGACAAAUUUUGCAAAGAGCGUAUGGCCUCACUGGGUGAGGGGGUUAUUGUACUGGAAAAAGGUGCACGCGACCGCAUUCACAUACCAAACACCUCGGAGAUUUAUGUAAUGCCCGCUGGUGGUUCCGGUCGACGUUGCGGUGGUCAGGGCGAUUUGCUGUGUGGCGUCUUAUCGGUGUUUUUCCAUUGGUCCUUGGAAGCCAAUCAGGCUAAUCCCGGGUUUCUGGCCGCCUUUGCAGCCAGUUAUUUUCUAAAGCAUUGUAAUGCCGCGGCAUUUCAGAAGCAUGGACGUGGCAUGCUGGCUACCGAUAUGAUUGGCGAAAUACCGUCGGUAUUUGCUCGUAUUUUCGAAUCAGCCGAGGGCCAGUGUUAGCACUGUUAAGAGUGAAGGUGAUUGAACAAUAAUAAAAUGAGAAUAAUGAUAUUUAUUUUACCAUAAGGUAUGUAAAACGUAUCCAGCUUUACAAUGACACGAAGUGAGUAAGAAUUUUGGAGGAGGUAUUUGUCAGCAAUAAUCAAUCUUAUUUAUUAACAUACGUACGUACAUACAUAUUUUUUGUAGGCUAGGUUUCCGAAAAACAACAAAAAUAACAAUAACUUCCUGUCGAUAAUACAACUUACACAUAUACCCAACCAAAUAUUAUAUACUUUAAAUUAUAUACCAAAUUAAAAACAAAAUUAUAUUUAUAAAUAUAUUUAGUGACCAUCAAAAUAUAUAUCUAAUAUUAAAAUUUACCCGUUACUAAUAAUAAUAAUAACUAAUACAAUGUGUUAAAAUAUAUAUUUUCAAAAUAUUUUUAGAAUCAACAUACAUAUUCAAAACUUCGUUUAAAAUGCCAAAAUGAAACGUUUACUCCAAAAAUAAAUAAAUGUCAACACCAUAAUUUUUUUCGAAUUUAAAAUAAAGUUGUUAAUAAAACGUA